GGUAUUUGAGUAUAUGGACCAUGACUUGAUGGGACUGCUGGAAUCUGGUUUGGUUCAUUUUAAUGAAAAUCAUAUUAAAUCUUUUAUGAGACAGCUGAUGGAGGGCUUGGCCUAUUGCCAUAAGAAGAACUUUUUGCACAGAGAUAUCAAAUGUUCAAAUAUUCUACUAAAUAAUAGAGGGCAGAUAAAGCUUGCAGAUUUUGGGCUUGCUCGGCUGUACAACUCUGAAGAAAGCCGACCGUAUACCAACAAAGUUAUUACAUUAUGGUAUCGGCCUCCUGAACUUCUUCUUGGAGAAGAAAGAUACACGCCAGCUAUCGAUGUCUGGAGCUGUGGCUGCAUCCUGGGUGAACUUUUUACAAAAAAGCCAAUAUUUCAAGCAAAUCAAGAACUUGCUCAACUGGAACUUAUAAGCCGAAUUUGCGGGAGUCCUUGUCCAGCAGUGUGGCCUGAUGUUAUAAAAUUAGCUUAUUUCAACACAAUGAAACCAAAGAAGCAGUAUCGUCGAAAACUGAGAGAAGAGUUUGCUUUCAUCCCACCAGCUGCAUUAGAUUUAUUUGAUUACAUGCUUGCUCUUGAUCCCAGCAAGCGCUGCACAGCUGAACAAGCUCUUCAGUGCGAGUUUCUGCGAGAUGUGGAACCAUCUAAAAUGCCUCCUCCAGACCUUCCUUUGUGGCAGGAUUGCCAUGAGCUGUGGAGUAAGAAACGCAGAAGGCAGAAGCAGAUGGGCAUGACUGAUGACUCAACAGCAACUAAAGUCCCUAGGAAGGAUCUGUCUCUAAGCAUGGAUGAGAGCAGAACCAACACCCCACAAGGCAUGCAAACUUCUUCCCAACUCAAAACUCAGGGCAACUCUAGUGUAGCACUUGCAAAAACAAGCACUGGACAGCAGUUAAACCAGAAUGAAGUGGCAAUCCUGCUAAACCUGCUACAGUCUAAAACAAGUGUUAGUUUGGCACAGUUUGCCCAAGUGUUGAAUAUUAAGGUAAACCCAGAGACUCAGCAGCAACUAAAUAAAAUAAAUCUUCCUGCUGGAAUUUUGUCAGCAGGUGAAAAACAGUCAGAACAGCAGCAGCCGCCGCCGCCUCCGCCACCACCGCCGGAACAGGAGCCUCUAAAACAGCCAACCAUCACGCAGCCUCCUGUACCACCUGCUCAGCCGAGUCAGCCUAAAGUUGAGACUGACGCUGCCCAGGCAGCUGUACAGAGUGCAUUUGCUGUUCUGUUGUCUCAGUUAAUAAAGGCUCAGCAAACAAAACAAAAAGAUUUUGUGUUGGAGGAGAAGGAAAAUGGAUCAGGAAAUGAAAUGCCGUUACAAGUCAGGCAGCCUCCCGAGCCCACCACUCCUGUGUCUGUCAGCCGGGACGACGUGGAAUCUCCGGCACCCAGCUACCCACAUCUGAUCAAGUCAUUAUAUACAUCUGCAGGUCAAGAGGAUUUGGUUAGGCAGUCCGAGCUGAGGCUUCUAAGCCGAACACCCGAACAAGAACGCCCUCGGAUCUUGCCUCCAGACCAGCGUCCCCCAGAGCCACCGGAGCCUCCGCCUCUCACUGAUGAAGACCUUGAUUAUCGGACAGAGAACCAGCAUUUGCCUAUAACUAACUCUUCAGGAACAGAUCCUCACGCAGGAGUGAAAGCAGCUCUUCUGCAGCUGCUUGCUCAGCAUCAAGCUCAGGCGGCUACGGAGGAGCCAGUACAAACAAGUGUGGAUUAUCAGGCUAGAGACUCCUAUGUAACAGGCCCGGACUACAAGGAUAACUUUGGAUCAUCUUCCUUCUCAUCUGCCCAUUAUGGCAGUAGCGAUGGAAUAGGAAGCGGAUCAUCAGGAGCAUUAGAAAGGAGGAGCUUCCUUGGAAACUCAGAUAUUCAGUCUUUGGAUAACUACAGUACUGCUUCAUCUCACUCUGGUGGUGCCCCUCCUCCGUCGGCCUUUUCAGAGUCCUUUCCCAGCUCAGUAACUGGUUAUGGAGACAUUUACCUCAACACUGGCCCUAUGCUAUUUAGUGGAGAUAAAGACCAUAGGUUUGAAUACAGCCACGGCCCGAUCCCGGUUCUGGGGAGCAGCGGUGACACUUCCGCAGGGCCAGAGAGUACGCUCUCUUUGCCUACAAAGAUGCACAACUAUAGCUACGGAAGUAACUUACAGGAAAAUCCCAGUGGCAUCAGCCACAUGCAUGGACAGACUUGGACUUCUCCUGCCCAAGGACCUGGCUAUUCCCAAGGAUACAGGGGACACAUUAGCACAUCUGCAGUGAGAGGGCGAGGCAGAGGAUUACCAUAUUGAGUAUCUGUUUUUCCUCAGGCACAUCAUUUUUACCUGGAAAAACUUUUUUUUCCCCCUAGCUGCAGUUUAAAGCAGCAAUUCAACAGACUUGAAUAAUGUUAAUUCAACAGCUUUAUUUUUAUGUGGAAAAGGGUCUUGCAUACAGUAGGAAAAAUUAAAAAUGCUUAAAACUCAUGCUGUCUGAAAACUAGAUAAAUUGAUUGUACAUGUUCACAAACUAGUUCUGAAUUUUAUUUUGUAUUUUGGCAGUUUUAAGUGGAUGCUAAAUUUAGGGACAUCAGCUUUUUAUGGCACUCUUUCAGAUCUUCUGAACUAUGCACAUUUGUGCUUUUUUUGUAAGUUUGGACCAACUUUUAUGUAAAAAAAAUUUUACAACAAUCAAAGCAGGGCACUGAUUUAUUUGGUAUUUUUCUUUUUACAGAACUACCUUUAGUCAAAGGUCACUGUCAGUCUUUGCACUGCUUUCAGUGUUAUUGUGGAAGGUGUACUUUGUGCUCAUUUCAGAUAAUAAAACACAACCUUUCUCUUGAUGCAAAAUUUUAUAAAUAUUUGGUCAAUGUUAUUUUUUUUUUUCUUUCAAGAAAAAAAAGAA